AUGACUAAGAACAUCCGGCUCCGUGCUCACCUAUUCAACACCACCGUUCUUCUUGCUUUGUGUCACGCUUCAGAAACAUGGGCGUUUUGCAAGCAGGAGGAAAAUUCGAUAAGCGUCAUAGAACGCGGAAUUGAAAGGGUGAUGUUAGGAGUAACUCACUUUACGCAAGUGAAGAAAGGGAUUCGAAGUUCACUCCUACGUCACCGAUCGAAGAUCAGAGAUGCUGCCGCAUAUACCAAGGAAAGCAAAAUUGGGUGGGUCGAACACGUGAUGCGUUUCAACGACAGUCGUCAAUCGACAUCUCCGGAAGGCCGCCGACCCGAUGGUCAGAAAUCUUUACGAAAUCCUUCAGAGAAAAAUACGAUGCUCUUCGAUUCCCUCGCGAGAAUAGAUGCCACUGGGCAACAUUUGCAGGCGAUCGGGACAAAUGGAAGUAUUAGUGGCGCUCGCUUGAGCAAACAGAUGAACAACGGGAGCACAGGUGAUAGACAGGUGAUGAACAAAGCAAAACGGAUAGGCUACGGAUAUCGUAUGAAACGGCAAUUGAUUGAAUGUACUUAUCAGUAA